AGCCUCUCCUGUUAUUCGCCGGCGCACGCACCCAGACCUCCACAAAAAUUUGCUCACGAUGGCGACAAACAUCACUUUCCACCCCGGAUCGGUGAGCGCGGAGGAGCGGUCGCAGCUGCUCACGCAGAAGGGCGCGACCGUCUGGUUCACCGGGCUCAGCGCGAGUGGAAAGUCAACGAUCGCGUGCGCGCUCGAGCAGCACCUCCUCCACCUGCACAAGUUCUCGUACCGCCUCGAUGGCGACAACAUCCGCUUCGGGCUGAACAAGGACCUCGGGUUCGACGAGAAGUCGCGGAACGAGAACAUCCGCCGCAUCGGCGAGGUCUCGAAGCUGUUCGCGGACGCCUCCGCCAUCGCGCUAACCGCAUUCAUCUCGCCCUACCGCGCCGACCGCGCGGUCGCGCGCGAGCUGCACGACAAGGCCGGGCUCACCUUCAUCGAGGUGUACGUCGACGCGCCCCUGCACAUCGUCGAGGAGCGCGACCCGAAGGGCCUCUACAAGAAGGCGCGCGCCGGCGAGAUCAAGGACUUCACUGGGAUCUCCGCGCCGUAUGAGGCGCCCGAGAGCCCGGAGGUGCACAUCAAGACGGACGAGUGCGACGUGAAGGAGGCGGUCGCGCGCAUCACGGAGUACCUCUCGUCGAAGGGCCUCAUCUAGUUUAUUCCCCCUCGUGCUCCGCGUUUUUGUUUGUUUAUUUGGUGUGUAGGAGUAGGCAGUAAUUUUAUAGAGGCCUCGACAGUACGAAAACUGUAUGGCGCGCGCCGUGCGCAAACGGAUCGAUGACUCCGAUAGCAGGAUGAGGACAUGCAUGUAUCUCUGUAUUAUUCCCAA